AUGGUCUCCACGGAAGAUUUGGCUGCGCUGCCAACUCCGGAUAUGAUCACCUUGCUCUUCAAAUGCCAUAAAUCAACCACAGUACUAUCGGUUCUACCAACAACCCCAUUCAGCGAAGUCAAACCCCUUCUAAUUGCUGCGUUACGAUCAAGAAACAUCGAGACUGUCCCCAAUACAACAACUCCACUCCCAGAAGACCCGGAAGGUAUCGAAUUCGGCGUCCUGGCUGACAAGAGGGACCCUUCAAAAGGCUGGAUACCCUUGGAUGUCAAAGAGCAAGAGGUCUCUGGGCCCAAGGGCACUAAGAAGAGGGUAGGGGGCAAAAACAGUGUUCUCAAUGAGAGUCCCUUGGGUGCAGGCUUGACCGAUGGCUCUUGGAUCGCAUAUCGAAUAAAGGCAACGCAGAAGAAGAAGCAGAAGGAAGGCCAGGACGAAGAAAUGACCAUGGAAGAAGGAACCCCAGAUAUUGAGAUCAAUGAAGAUCCAGGAUGGGACGUGAUCCUCCCUUCUUUCGAAGACGAGGGCGAAUGA